GUUACAACCAGCACUAGCCUUACAAAAUAAGUAACAUCCAUAUUACAGAAGCCUGUGACCCUUCAUGGAGGUAUUAACCCUACACGAAAUGGCCACCUGGAAGAGGACAAAUGUGUCAUUUGAUAGGGAAGCUCUAGUGGUCACCUGAUAUGUACUACACUACCCAGCAUGCUUUGUUUCCUCAUCUCAUUUCCUGAUAUCACACGAUGGGCCCAGUAACAGAGAUACCCCAGAGAGAUGUCCCCGUCCUCUGUAUUCCCAGGAUUGUACAGAGGAGAAUCACAGGACCCCACAGGAGGAUCAAUCUUCUUUUAUUGAAGAGAGAAGAGACGUAUGUGACUGAUAUAAAGGCAGAAGAAGAGAUGUAUGUGACUGAUAUAAAGGCAGAAGAAGAGAUGUAUGUGACUGAUAUAAAGGCAGAAGAUAUAGAGGGAGAAGAAGAGACGUAUGUGACUGAUAUAAAGGCAGAAGAUAUAGAGGGAGAAGAAGAGACGUAUGUGACUGAUAUGAAGGCAGAAGAUCCAGAGGGAGAAGAAGAGACGCGUGUGACUGAUAUAAAGGCAGAAGAUAUACAGGGAGAAGAAGAGACGUAUGUGACUGAUAUAAAGGCAGAAGAUAUAGAGGGAGAAGAAGAGACGUAUGUGACUGAUAUAAAGGCAGAAGAUAUAGAGGGAGAAGAAGAGACGUAUGUGACUGAUAUGAAGGCAGAAGAUCCAGAGGGAGAAGAAGAGACGCGUGUGACUGAUAUAAAGGCAGAAGAUAUAGAGGGAGAAGAAGAGACGUAUGUGACUGAUAUACAGGCAGAAGAUAUAGAGGGAGAAGAAGAGACGUAUGUGACUGAUAUAAAGGCAGAAGAUACAGAGGGAGAAGAAGAGACGUAUGUGACUGAUAUAAAGGCAGAAGAUCCAGAGGGAGAAGAAGAGACGCGUGUGACUGAUAUAAAGGCAGAAGAUAUAGAGGGAGAAGAAGAGACGUAUGUGACUGAUAUAAAGGCAGAAGAUCCAGAGGGAGAAGAAGAGACGCGUGUGACUGAUAUAAAGGCAGAAGAUAUAGAGGGAGAAGAAGAGACGUAUGUGACUGAUAUACAGGCAGAAGAUAUAGAGGGAGAAGAAGAGACGUAUGUGACUGAUAUAAAGGCAGAAGAUAUAGAGGGAGAAGAAGAGACGUAUGUGAGAAGUGAUCAGCAGUGUAAGGAGGAGGAGAUCCCUACAGAUAUCGGCACAGAUAGAGUACGAUGGGAGACUCCUCCAACAUGGGACCCUUCUAUCUCCUGUCUGUCAGAGAAGACUGUACUCCCAGUUCCUGGCGUUCCUUCCCUAAAGGAUCCAUCAAAUUAUGGACGCAAUACAAGAAAUACCUCGGAGGGACAAAUUGUUCGGUUUCCAGAUUGUAAAUUAGAAGAUAAGAACGUCACACGAGGGUCUCCAGAAGAAAACCCCAUUUCUCUAAAUAUACAUCCAGCACUUCACAGUGCAGAUAUAUCAUCUGAUCCCUCUGUUCCUGAGGAAUGUUCUCCUGGUAACUCACAUAUUGCUGCACAUAGUACAGACCAUAGCAGUGAUACAGUCAGUUCCUCUUCUGAAUGUGGGAAUUAUUUUCCACAUAAACUAGCUCUUGCUAGACAUAAGGGACAUCAAACAGGAAAGAAUCCAUUUGCAUGUUCUGAGUGUGGGAAAUGUUAUACACACAAAUCAUCUCUAGUUAUGCAUAAGAAAAGUCACACAGGUGAGAUACCAUUUCCAUGUUCUGAGUGUGGGAAAUGUUUUACAUUGAAAGCAAAUCUUCUUAAACAUCAGAGAACUCACACAGGUGAGAAACCAUUUCCAUGUUCUGAGUGUGGGAGAUGUUUUACACGUAAUUCAAAUCUUGUUGCACAUCAGAGAAUACACACAGGUGUGAAGCCAUUUCCAUGUUCUGAGUGUGAGAAAUGUUUUACAUUGAAAGCAAAUCUUCUUAAGCAUCAGAGAAGUCACACAGGGGAGAAGCCAUUUUCAUGUUCUGAGUGUGGGAAACAUUUUACAAGUAAAUCACAUCUUGCUGGACAUCAUAGAAGUCACACAGGUGAGAAGCCAUAUUCAUGUUCUGAGUGUGGGAAAUGUUUUAGUGAGAAAUCAGAACUUACUAUACAUCAGAGAAGUCACACAGGUGAAAGACCAUUUCCAUGUUCUGAGUGCGGGAAAUGUUUUACACGAAAAUCAUAUCUUGUUGAACAUCUGAGAAUUCACACAGGUGAAAAACCAUUUUCAUGUUCUGAGUGUGGGAAAUGUUUUACACAGAAAUCUUCUGUUAUAAAACAUCAGAAAAAGUCACACAGGUGAGAACUAGCUAAUGUAAGACAUGAAAAAAGUCACAUUUACAUUUCCUUGAGUUGGUAGAAAUGAAAGAAGAUUGCAUUAAUAUUUUACAUGUAAUAAAUCUGUAAUAAAAUGA